UCUAGCAGGUGUUCCCUUCCCCUUAUGCGUCUUUGUAUACACAUUCAAAUCACCUAAAGCAAGAAGCAGGGUCUGUUAGCUCAUUACUGAUUUGCCUGGCAAAUAAGUCAGCAGCUGCUGUCUUCAAGCAGUGACUUCCACAUCAGUGACAUUAGCCCGGGACAGGAUGCUUACAUGGAGCUCUUCAGUGCCACAUACUACUUUAUAAAAUGCAACAUCUAUCUACUCCUUUUAGAUUUGUGUUUUGCGCUCACUCUGAGAACUCCAUCUACAACCAUCCAUGGCAUUAAAGGGAAACCGCUCAUACUUCCUGUACACUACAAUUUCAACACGUCUGCGUCUGGCAUCCAAAUCAUAUGGCUGCUGGAAAGGUCUAAUUUCUUACCAAGAUAUUUGGUCAACUCUAUGAAUCAAACAGUGGUUCCAGAUCUCGAAUUUCAACAUAAAUUUUCUCUGAAUCCCCCAAAUGCAUCUCUGCUGAUACAUUCCUUAAAUUUCACCGACGAGGGGAAUUAUAUCGUGAAAGUCAACAUUCCAGGCAGUAAAACCAUUUCUGCAACUCAGAAGAUUGAAGUUACCGUCAAUGUUCCGGUUUCAAAGCCAAUUAUUCAAAGCCAACCUACUCACGAACUUGUGGAAUAUGUGGGAAACAUUACAUUUAAGUGUUCAGUGGUAAAUGGAACGAGGGUGACCUACCAUUGGCUAAAAAAUGGGAAACCACUCCGGAGCAGUCCGAGCUACACAUUCUCCAAGAACAAUGACACGUUUAAUAUUGCUCCUGUAAAGAAGGAUGAUGUUGGCAAUUACAGUUGUUUGGCCAGGAAUCCUAUCAGUGAACUAGAGAGUGAUCCAAUCACGCCAACUAUAUAUUAUGGACCUUAUGGGCUGACAGUAAGUUCAGACAAAGGUCUUAAAGUAGGGGAGGUUUUCACAGUUAACAUUGGAGAGUCUGUUCAGUUUGAUUGCUCGGCUGAUUCAAAUCCUCCAGUUACUUCUGAAUGGAUACAACGGACAGAUAACUCAACAGAAAUAAUCAACAAGGGUCCAUACUUCAAAGUCCUCUCUUACAAAGUUGGGCAAAAGACGCUGGAUUACAUGUGUCGCGCAUACAACAACAUCACCAGAAAACUUGAUGAAAUGCAAUUUACGGUCAUAAUUACAUCUAUAGAUCAUCAGAAACUUCUACAAAACGAAAGCUCAGUGUCUCCUUUAGCUGCCAUAACUGGAGUGUCCUUGUUUUUAAUUUUGUGCAUAUGUCUUCUGUUUGUGUGGAAGAGAUAUCGACUUCAUCGAGCUAUUCAUUGGAAACUUCACGAUAGAAGGCCUUCUACAGAAUACAGAAGAACACAGAUAUUUUCAGGACAUGAAGAUGCUUUGAAUGAUUUUGGGAUAUAUGAGUUUGUUGCCUUUCCUGAUCCUUCUGCUCCGCUCAGGGUGCCCAGUAGCAAAUCUGCUUCAGUGUCUACUGCCUCACAAGCUCGAGAUACAAACUGCACGGUUUAUGAAGUUAUAAGGCAUGUUCCUGAGCAGGCACAUGAAGACGUACAACCUCAGGAGUAGAGAAGACAUUAACAUCAGAAGCAAAAGUAUGGAAAAACCAUGUCAACAACAUUCCAUGUCAAACAUGACUAUUCUUGUUAAAUACCUCAGUCUCGUGUAAUUAGAUUUUAUGUAUUAUUGCAACAAUUUGAAGAAACCAUUAGGCAAUGGAAUAAAAUAUGUAAUUAUUUAUUAUUGAUGGUCCCAAAGGUCCUGCAGGACCUCCAGAAUAUAUGUCUUAUAAACAAUGGAAGAGUGCAUUCACAAAUCCAGGAGCAUUAUGAUGAAGUGGAUUCCUCCUGC